AGUAACUUGAUCUCUGAAGUUUUCAUUCAUCAAUUCGUUGCUAACGUAAUGAAAAAAAAGUGUAACCGUGGGUUUUGGGCUUGUUUUGUGAUGAAAACAUUUCUUCACUUAUAUUCAACGAGUAUGUAUCUUCGUGUCAACACAAGAUGGCGGCAUCUAGUCUUGUUCAACAUGCGAAACCGGUACCAACGAGAAAGAUGGAAAGCCAGACUGGUCCUGAUGCAGCGGCUUUUAUUGUGAAGCCCUGAUCUGCUCGGGUCUCCUCCAUUGCUCCCCCGGUGGGCGUGUCUCCGGUCCGGACCGGGAUCAGAUGAUCGGAGUGGAGCGGACUGAUCUGUCAGAGAUGGAGACGAGUGAAUCUGCCGGACAGCAGGACCGACUGCAGCUGAUCGCAGAGAAGAGGAAGUGGCAGACAGAGAUCGAGAACAAAAGGCGACAGCUGGAGGACGACAGACGAGCCCUUCAGCAUCUCAAGUCGAAGGCCCUGAGGGAACGUUGGCUGCUGGAUGGAGCGCCAUCUGCUGGACCAGAGCAGGACGAGGUGAAGAGACAGCUGGAACAAGAUGCAGCCAAGACCAAGUCUCUGGAGGACGCCAUCGACAGGCUGGAGAAAGAGCUGAUGACUCUGGAGACGGGAGGUGUGACUGAGAGCGUCACAACUCACACACAGGUGUUGUCACCGUCUGUAAAAGCCGUAGAGCUCAAAAGUCUCAGCCCGGGUCAGCAGGAGCGACCUAUUCAGUCAGGUCAGGUAGUUGAAGUUAUUGAAGAGGUCAAGGUUCAUAAAAGACCCCAAUUGACCCAAAUGACAGAAAUGGAGGCGAUGAAGAAAGCCAUGUACUCGGUGGAGAUUAAAGUAGAGCGGGACAAUGUGACGGGCGAAACCAGAGUUCUGUCCUCUCACACCAAACUUCCCGUUGACUUCUCCCAUCAAGGGGUCAAAGUUUACGAAGAUGAGCGCAAAGUGGUCCACGAGAUGAAUGGCGAGGAUGGCGUCCACCUGCUGAGCUCCACCGAGGUGGAGGAGCUUAUCAACAAGGCGGACGAGGCUUCUGUCAAGUCUCAGACCGUCACUACGAUCACGACCAUCCAUACCACACAAGUCCAACAGGAGAGCGGAACAGAGGCACCGCAGGUCACCACAGAGAUCACCGGGCUGGAGGCCAAACCCGAAAGCCAAUCUGAUACAACAGAAGCCACUACAGAGAACCCCGUGACCAUGGUGUUCAUGGGCUACCAGAAUGUUGAAGAUGAGGAUGAGACCAAGAAGGUUCUGGGCUUGCAGGGGACGGUGAAGGCCGAGCUGGUUCUCAUCGAGGACUCUGACGGGAAAACCUCACCAGGAUCAGCUAAAGACCCUGCAGAGAGUCCGACGGCCGUGCCACCGAUGGCUGUUCCUCAGUCGGGUGCCCCCCCUGCUCCCACUCCCGAGGCGAAGGCGGCAACUAACGGCGACACAGCUGGUGAGACGCCGGCGGCGACAAAGAAGGAGAAGCAGCCAUGUAAGUGCUGCAGCAUCAUGUAAACCCGAGACAAACGAUAGAAACACUCGAGGACAACCAUCACAGGAUUUCCACCCACUACCCGCAGCCCCUCCUCCAGCCACAUCGCUUCCUGUCCAUCCGUCUUUAUAAACCUUUCCUUUCUGUCCUUCAUGUUUCCCGCUGUGUUGUGAUGGGACCCUCGCGAUCCGAUGCCGACCUUUGAACCCGGACUAAAUUUGAAGCUGUAAUGUUUUUAGUGAGUUUCUGUUUUUUAAAACGCUGAAUAAAAAAAGCCGUCAGGUCAGCCGUGAACACGUCUACACCUCUCACUGCCGCUCCCGAAAUCUGCCUCUGUCCUGUCACGUGACCUCGCCACUGUGUUGCUUGACAUUGAACAUCACUGCAUCUGUUUUUGCUUCAUGAAACUGUGCUUCAUGACCAUCAGCUGACUCAUUCACGCCCACAGUUGUCAUCCCCGAACACCUAGAUGAACAGCUUGUCAAUUCAUCCCAUAAUCGUCGUGGAAAUAUGGCCAGCCGCACAACUGGGGAGACAGAAAUCCCUGUAGGUGAAAGGGAUUUUAUAGAAGAGUCCGUCUGUUUUGUUGAAGUGAAUUGCUAUGGUCUGCAUCGGCAGCAUCAGAAAAUCCUUGAGCCAUUAUGAGUGGAGACUCCUAAUGGGCACUUAAAUUGAAGCUGCCACACCCACAAGUUCCCCCAACACUGGGUCCCCAGGCCACCUCUGCAGAGCUGGAUUGUAUGGUGAGAGAUUUUGAUAGUCAACGGCACCGGGGCAACUUUCCAAAAGGGAUCACUGAAAGGUUUCCACACUUUGGAGUGCCAGUGGUAUGUUCCUGACAUCUGCUGCUGAUGGAGGAACUUGCUCCAGGGCUCAAGCCUCAGGAAUUACCCCUCUGUGACGGCAUCUGUGAGCUGAGAAUAUGCAGGUCUGAACCAGAGCUUGGAUCUGCACUGUGUUGUGUACCAGGAUCCAGAGGGUCUGGGUGACUUACAGGAGGCUCUGAGAAGAUGGGGUUGGGGAGAACCAAGUGACGUUGAGUCAAGUCUUCCAUCACAUCCGAAACCUCAUUCACCUCUUGCUGAUCUGAGGUCUUCCUAAGUCAACUGGGAGACAUCCACUCUCCAGCAAAUCCUGGGUUUUUGAGGUGGAACACCUCACAUGGGUCACAGCCAAGAGUCAUGCUGACAAGCAUGAGCUCAAUAGGCAUCUCUUGCUGUGGAGGCUGUGCUUGCGGUCACGCCUGAGCGAUUGCGUGUUAUUGCCUUUUAUAUAUGUUGAUGACCACUAGAGGCCCCCGUAGAGGUUAAUAAACCAGGCGCCAGUGUUAGUGGGAGUAGACUACAUGAUGCAUCAUGCAGACAGAAUCAGAACCACUAAAAGUCUCCACUAAAAGGGUUCACAAGAAGGCACUACUUUUAACGGCCAAAGUGAGAGUUUCCUUAUCUUCCAAAAAAUAUGAUAAAUUGGUGCACCUCAGGGCUCUGUUUCAAAUCCUGCAAAGUUUCAUCCUGUUUUAUUUUUAACCCAUUUUGGCUGGCUGAAACACUCACAACUUGAAGCCUUGUGACCACGACCCCGCAGGUUGACAUGCUUCAUGUCUCCAACAGACUUGACCUUGAGCCGCCGGUGACCUCCAGUCUGCUUUCAAGAGUCGCGAUUGUGGAAGGGAGUCGUCUGAACUGAAUUGUCAGAGGACGAUUUAGAAUGUUCAGCCUGGUCAUGAAGCACCGUCCUUGUUUCGUUUACCGUGUACUGCUAAAGCCACGCUAACGUGCCAACCUAAGUUAAGCUACGUCUGUCCACUAACCAAGUGCCUGCAGGUUUUGUGUAUCAAGCUUCGACCUGUACGAAGCCUUUUUACUGAGCAACUGUGCUAACUUCUAAACUAGCCGUUGUUUUGUGGUUACAGCCAAAGUCAUCUUUGUUCAAGCUGUCAAUGUCUUGUCCUCAGCGUUGCUACGCAAAGCCAGCUAGGUGAUGAAGGAAGGUCUGUCAAAUAAAGCCGUGUGAAAUGAAAACAGAGUUAUGGGUUUUGCCAGU